ACAGUCUCUGCAAUGAUGAGUCGGACACCUGAUGCGAGAGCGAGGGAUAACCAGACCAAGCAGAUCCAGGAGAACCUCUCCAACGUGGAGAAGCACUUCGGGGACAUGUGCCAGCUGUUCGCCGCCUACGUCCGUAAGACGGCCCGACUGAGGGACAAGGCCGACCUGCUGGUGAGGGAGAUCAACGUGUACGCUGAGACCGAGACCCCCAACCUCAAGAGGGGAAUGAAGCAUUUUGCAGACCAACUGGCCAAGAUUGAAGACUAUCGUCAAGCUGAGGUGGAAAGGCUUGAAGCCAAAGUCGUAGAGCCUCUGAAGAGUUACGGGGCUGUGGUGAAACGUAAAAGGGAAGACCUGAAGACCACCCAGAGUGCUAGAGACCGUGAGUCCAAACAGAUGGCCCAGCUGGAGAGGACGAGGCAGAGGAACCCCUCAGACAGACAGAUCAUUCGGGCUCCCCCACAAAGUAUCUCCUGUCCCGACAUUAUCUGUAUAACGUGGCUGUCUAUGCCCCAGGCCGAGAGCGAGCUCCAGAGGGCCACCAUGGACGCCACUCGCACCACCCGACAGCUGGAAGAAACCAUAGAUGAGUUUGAGAAGCAAAAGAUUCGAGACAUCAAGAAGAUCUUUGGUGAGUUUGUAACGGUUGAGAUGUCGUUCCACGCCAAGGCCUUGGAGGUGUACACCGCUGCCUACCAGAGCAUCCAGAGUGUCGAUGAGGAAGAGGACCUAGAGGUGUUCAGGAGCCUGCUGCAUCCUCCAGACCACCUGUCCCGCUUAGAGAUAGUGGCAGCUCACUCCAAGGGGUCGCUCGACCGCACCGGCUCUUCCAUGAGCCGGUCAGGGACCCUGCAGCAAACCGCCACGAGUCGUCUGAGGAGAAGAGACGACGACGAGGAUGAUGACGAUGAAGAGGAGUCGGAGGAGGAAGAUGAAGACGAAGAUGUGACAGAUGAUUAAAAUUAAAGCCGCCUUGCUUUGGUCGAGAGAAAGGCAUGCCUACUUGCAAUGUGUUUCUUUUUUAUUAACAGUGUCAGUGUCAAAAAUCAAAUGUUUAAAAGUGUUUCUUUUUUAUUAACAGUGUCAGUGUCAAAAGUCCAGUGUUUAAAAGAGUAAGCUAGCAUAGGUUGAGUGGGCAGUGUUUGAUAUUUGAUAUUUACUGCUUUAGUCUGGCAGAUUGUGAGCCAUCAUGAAAAGACUUUUUAAAAAUGCCAUUCAAGUAUUCAACCCCCUUUCAGCGUUGCCAGAUUGGGCCAGAUUGGUCGGAAAUCUGUCCCAAUCUUGCAACACUGCUCCCCAUCUACAUACGAAUUUGCAAGAGUAUACAAGUAUAUAUUUUGUACGUAUUGUUUGAAUACCCCAGUGCAAUAUAAUACACUGGACAAAUGUUUAUUAAUGAUCAGAAUAAUAAAAACACGCCAUAUCUAUUUGUUUUUUCAUUGUUUUCAGUGACAAAAAGGAACGAACCGUAGUUGCAUGGCAUGAAAAGAUCAACUGUUAUUAUAGUUAGAAAGGUGAGAUGCCUCAUCCUUGCCUACACACAAGUUAUUCUGUACACGUGUGUAUCUGGGUAUCUGCGCGCAUGCAGCCGU